AUGAAGAGUGCCAUCCCCCCCGACAUCUGGGAAACCAAGAGACUCCUUAUCACCAAACUAUACAAGGAGGAGGAGUGGCCGCUGAAGCAAGUCAUCAAGCUAGUCCAGACCAGAGAUUUCCAUCCAAGUGAAUCCCAACUACGCAGCCGCCUGAAAAAAUGGCAAAUCACCAAGCCAUCACGCAAA